GGAGGCUCUGGGGGUCGCGGAGCCCCGGGGGCGGCCCCGGACCCCGCCAAGGCGCGGCGGCAGUGGGGGGUCCUGGGGGGGGUCCUGCGGCAGCGCCUGGGGCUGCAGCUGCUGGAGCUGCCCCCGGCCCGGGGGGGGCUGCGGCCGCUGCUGCUCGAGGAGCUCGUGGUGGUCCAGGGGGGGACGGCGCUGCUCACCCGCCCGGAGCCCCCCCGAAAUGAGGAGCUCGGGGGGCUCCGGGAGGUGCUGGAGCAGCUCCAGCUCCGGGUGCUGUCGGUGACGGACGAGGGGGCGGCGCUGGACGGGGGGGACGUUCUGUUCACCGGCCGGGAAUUCUUCGUGGGAAUCUCCCCCUGGACCAACCUGCGCGGGGCCGAGGCCGUGGCCGACGCCUUCAGGGAUUUCACGGUGUCCACGGUGCCGGUGGCGGCGGGGGGGCGGCUGAAGGGGUUCUGCAGCAUGGCAGCCCCCCAGACCAUCGCCCACGGCAGCAGCGACGGCGCCCGCAGGGCCAUCAAGGCCAUGGAGCAGCUCUCGGACCACCCGUACUCGGCGGCGUGGCUGCCGCUGCCCGAUGACCCGCCGGGAAUUGUCUCUUCACUCGCCCGGGGGGGCUCCCGGGGGGGGGUCCUGCUGCACCGGGGCCCCGAGGAGUUCCCCAACAGCCAGAAGGCGUUCCAGAAGGUUCCGGGGGUGUCGCUGGUGCCGCUGGACCUGAGCGAGGCCGCCAAGGUGGGCGGGGCCCUGAGCUCCUGCUGCGUCCUGCUGUGGGCACGGCCGGGGGGGCGGGGCCAGCUCUGACAACGCCCCUCCCCCUCCCCACUGUUCCCAUCCUGGGGGCGGGGCCACACACGAGCCCCUCCCCC